GCCCCAAUCAGCUCGGUUCGCCCACAGCCCCCUCAGGCAAAGGCGGGCAACUGUCAAGGCGUUUUUUGGGGGUGGACUUCGCUGAGAAGGGAGGGAGGUGGGCGCGCGCGCAGGGGGCAAGGCAGCCAAGCCUAGCCAAGCCAAGCAGGGCAGGGCGCUCCCAGGUGCUUGCGGCUGUACGCGGGAAACCUCCAGCUGCGCAGCCCCCUCCCGCCCGCCGCACCUCGCGCGCGUUUUUCCCUCAGCAGCGCGGUCCCCGCACAGGGUUCCUCACUGUUAUUUAGGAAGAAGCGAUCGGCACAAGGAUUGGAGAGCACCAAGACCAAAAAGAGAAAUUGCACUUCUUCGUUUGUAAUUUUGAGCAGCUGAAGUCUUAUCCAUUCACUUUCAAUAGCUGCAACAGACAAAGAACUUUUAGGCUGCAACAUCUGAGGACCAUUUGCUAUUUCCCAUGAUUUGAAGGUCAGCGUCCUUGAGAAUAAACAUACUUGUGAAGAUGAAGCUGCAGCCCUUGACCAGUCAUUUUGCUGCAAUCUGUUCCAUUUUCUGCCUGGCAGGCCUGAGGUGCUCGAGUGCUGCAGGAACUCCCGUACGUGACAUCCAUGGAAGUAAAGUCUUUGUAAGAGAUGAGCAAAAGGGGUAUGGACCAAUUUUUGAAGAACAGCCCAUUGAUACAGUCUACCCAGAAGAAUCUCCAGAAGGAAGAGUUUCAAUGAACUGCAGAGCCAGAGGAGUCCCCGCUCCCACUUACAAGUGGCAACGUAACAACUGGGAUAUUGAUAUUAAAACAGCAAAGGAGCACCACAGUAUGGUGGGAGGUAACCUGGAAAUCAACAAUCCUGAGAAAUCAAGGGAUGAAGGAAAGUACGUUUGCCUAGCAUACAAUGUACAUGGAACUAUAAGGAGCCGGGAAGCAUCUCUAAACUUUGGAUAUUUAUAUCCAUUUACUCCUGAAGAGAGGCAUGCAGUAAAAGUGCGGGAAGGUGUUGGGGCUGUCCUUCUCUGUGACCCUCCACCUCAUUAUCCAGAUGAUCUGAGUUACCGCUGGGUUCUGAAUGAUUUCCCAGAAUUUAUUACUUUGGAUAAACGGCGGUAUGUCUCACAGACAAAUGGCAAUCUAUACAUUGCUAAAGUUGAAGCAUCAGAUAAAGGCAACUACUCUUGCUUUGUGACCAGCAACUCAAUCACUAAGAGUGUAUUCAGCAGUUUUAUUCCACUCAUUCCUCAAGCAGAUCGUUCAAAAGGCUAUCUUCCAGAUAUCAGAGUGAGCUUCAAAGAGACAUACGCACUUUUAGGACAGAAUGUAACACUGGAGUGUUUUGCACUCGGAAACCCUGUUCCAGAGAUAAGAUGGAAUAAGUAUCUUGAACCCAUGCCAAGCAGUGCAGAAGUAAGCAUGUCUGGUGCAGUCCUCAAGAUCUACAACAUUCAGUUUGAAGAUGAAGGAACCUAUGAAUGUGAAGCUGAAAAUCAUAGAGGAAAAGAUAAGCAUUCAGCAAAAGUUUAUGUUCAAGCGUAUCCAGAAUGGGUGGAGCACAUCAAUGAUACAGAGAGAGAUAUAGGCAGUGAAUUCCACUGGCCAUGUGUAGCUGCAGGGAAGCCUCUUCCAACAAUGCGAUGGCUGAAAAAUGGAAUACCGUAUUGGAAAGGAGAUUUGAGAUUUUCUAGCCUGAAGAAAGAAGAUGAGGGCAUGUAUCAAUGUGUAGCAGAAAAUAUUCAUGGAAUGAUUUAUUCAAAUGCUGAGCUGAAAGUUCUCGUUUUAGCCCCAACCUUUGAAUUCAGCCCCAUGAAGAGAGAGGUCUUGGCUGCUAAAGGAGGUCAAGCUAUAAUUGAAUGUAAGCCUAGAGCAGCUCCUAGGCCAAAACUCAUAUGGAGUAGAGGAACAGAAAUUAUUAGAAAUUCAACCCGGAUACGGAUUUGGUAUGAUGGAAGUCUGGAAAUUAUUAAUGUCACAGCAGCUGAUGCAGGCAACUAUACCUGUUUUGUAGAAAAUAACAAAGGAAAAGCUAAUAGUACUACUACGCUUUUGACCACAGCGGCUACAAAGAUUGUUUUAGCACCAACCAAUGUUGACGUCACAGUUGGAUGGAAUGCUACCAUGCAGUGUCUCGCCGAGCACGAUCGAUCUUUAGACCUUACUUUUAUUUGGCUUCUCAAUGGAUAUCCAAUAGAUAUUGAUAAAGACAAUGAACAUUAUGAAAGGGCCAUCAUGAUAAAAAACAACGGUGAACUUAUAGUAAAAAAUGCCCAACUACGGCAUGCUGGAAGAUAUACAUGCGUUGCUCAGUCAAUUGUUGAUAAUGCUACAGCUUCAGCUGAUCUUGUUGUGAGAGGACCUCCAGGCCCCCCAGGAGGACUCAAAGUGGAAGAUAUUAGAAACACAUCUGUAGUUCUUACUUGGAGCCGUGGGACAGACAAUCAUAGUCCUAUUUCAAAUUACACUAUCCAGUCAAGGAAUUUUCUUUCUGAGUACUGGAAGGAUGCCAAAACAGACCCUCCAGUUGUUGAUGGAAAUGUGGAGUCAGCCAAGGUGAUUGAUUUAAUCCCAUGGAUGGAAUAUGAAUUUCGGAUAAUGGCCACUAAUAUUUUAGGGAAAGGAGACCCUAGUAUGCCAUCACAGAAAAUCCGAACAGAGGGAUCUUCUCCAAACGUGGCUCCUUCUGAAGUUGGAGGAGGGGGUGGCAGCAAUCGAGAGCUGACAAUAACUUGGGUGCCUUUACCACGAGAAUAUCACUUUGGUAACAAUUUUGGAUACGUAGUAGCCUUCAAGCCCUUUGAUCAAGUUGUGUGGAAAAAAGUUAUAGUUCCUCAGCCUGACACUGGUCGGUAUGUCCAUAAAGAUGAAUCAAUGAUCCCAGCAUCAAAAUAUCAAGUGAAAGUGAAAGCAUUUAAUAACAAAGGAGAAGGACCAUUUAGCCUCACUGCUAUCAUUUAUUCAGCAGAUGAUGCUCCUGUUGAAAGACCUAGAAAUGUGAAAGUAAGAGUCAGAUCAUCCACAGAAGCCUCUGUUUCUUGGCAGCAUAUUCUUAGUCCAGCUAUUACAGGGUAUGAGAUCCGCUACUGGCCCAGUCGUGGGAGAGAAAUAGAAGCAAAUAAAGUACAAGUGAGCAGUCAGAAUUUUUCAGUGAGGCUGGAAAACCUGAAGCCUGACACACACUACUACGCAGAUGUGGCAGCUUUCAACUUCGCAGGCGUUGGACCUCCCAGUAACCGUUUGGCUUUCAUUACAGAAAAAGCACCUCCAAGGCAGCGACCAAGAAUUAUCAGUUCUGUAAGAUCUGGUUCGAAGUACAUCAUAACAUGGGACCAUGUCAAGUCACAGUCCAAUGAAUCUACUGUGAAAGGAUAUAAAGUGCUGUAUAGACCAGAUGGCCAGUUUAAUGGCACACUGUUUAGUACUGGCAAACAUUAUAUAGAAGUUCCAGCCCCUGUUAAAGGUCAAUAUGUUGUUGAAGUUCGGGUGCACAGCGAAGGGGGAGAUGGAGAAGUAGCUCAAGUAAAAAUUCCAGGAAUUGCUGCUGGAAUAUCGCCCAGUUGUCUUGGUUUAUUGCUGUCUGCUAUUGGCAUCCUUGCCUACCUGGAAUUCUGAAUGUAGCUGGAUUUAACAUGUCCUCAACUGAGUUCAAAGGACCUUCCAACCCGAGAGGAUGUCAAUUCUUUUUUUUAUUAUUAUUCCUGUGGCACUAUCCUAAGCCAAAUAAAUUACACUUUCAAGAAAAUUAUCCUCCUGACUUAAUCAUGGAUUUCAGAAGAGAAAAAAAAGACUGAGGCAGGAACUCCUUCAUCAAGCAACUCAACUUUUGAAAGUUUGAGGAAUGAUUUUUAACUUGUUCCAGUUAUGCCUUAUAAAACACUUGUGCUGAUCUGCGGCAGUUGCAUGAUUCGGUCCAAUGGGGCAAGUUACAGUGUUAAAAUCCAAUAACAUAGGCUGUACAGUAAAAGUAAAAUCACCACACAUAGGUGCUUUAACUUUAAUAACAAAUCGUGAAAACAUAAUAGAGAUUGAAAUGUUGAUUGUAUGUGGUAUAUGUAGGAGUAACUACGUCUGUCCGUACUAUCCUAUCUGUUUUGUGUACUGCAUAUUUUUGAAUGGCCCCUAUCAAUUAUGACUUUUCAGGUUUUUAGAGACACAGUCAAAGCAAAAACAUUGCACUCAUUUUUUUAAACGCUUUUCUUCUUGAAGUGACUGAAUGUGGGCGAAGAACACUGAAAUCCAAGUUCAAUAGCGAUGAAUCUUAUUUUAGAUGGAUUCGGAGUUCGUACGAGUAUUAACAGUAAAGGAUAUUCCCGCACCUUAAUUUUAAAAUGAUAUUUAAAAUCGACACAGUCUUUUAGAAAUAAUGCUAGUCAAGCCAAGUGUGAAUUUCUGCAGUCAUAUAGAGGUUUAUUUUGCUGUAAGUAAUAUUAAUAGUUAUAUGAGCAAAUUUACUUCUAAUAUUUCAUUGCAUCCAAAUGUUCCUGUCACAAUUUGAAUUAUUCCAAUUCUGUCAUGAAUUUCAGAAUUUAAAUUCCAACAUUAUAUACAGUCUAAUCAUUUUUUACUAGCCAGUAUAAUGGCAUGAUGGAAAUUUGAAAAGCAAUUCCACAUUUGGAUCAAUAUUUAAAUAGUUAAAAGUAUUUAAAAUGAUCUUUAAAAGCUCAAAUCAUUUUCAAUAAUAACAAAUCGGAUAUGCAGUGAAAAGACAAAUAGCAAAUAACAAAAGUUAUCCUAUUUAUUUUUUUGUGACACACAUAUUGCCUUACUUUAGGGAAGGCCAACCAUUAGGAGAAUGAUUUGCAUUUUCCAAUAAAUUAAUAUUGUUCUACUUCCUAGAGAUGUAAAUAAGAGUUGUAAAGGUCUAACAUGAUUUUCCCUAUUAAAUGAUCCCAGGAGAUAGAAAGAUGUUAUUAAAAUUCAGAUAGUUCUCAACUGUUCUGUCUGCUUUGAGUAUUACUUAUGUUUUCAAAACCGGGACUUCCGUAAGAGGUAUAGAAUGUCUUUGUUCUGACUGUUUCUAUGCUGUAUUUAAAGCUGUUAAAAAGAAAUGCCUAUUUCUUUCAGAAUUCAUGGUGUGCUGGGAAUUUGGUGUGAAUUUGGGUGGGCUAGGGUGGGCAAACACCAUCCACUGCAUACUGAUUCAGCUGGCUCAAGUAAUCGUGCAAUGUCUGAGGCUUCAAGAAUUAUAAGCUUUGACCAUAUUUUAUUAGCACAGCCUUGCUAGCUGCUUUAGAGAUAGACUUUAACUUUUUAGGACUGGUACUGUAGAUGCCCAUGUUAAUACUAUUUAAAUGAAGCAAGAAUAGACUUUUCCCCCAACCCUGUCUUUAAUUUGUAUGAUUUUUUGUACUGUAAAUUUACAUUUUAAAAGCCUAGACCCUUCAUGAAUAUAUAUCAAUAAUACCGUUUUAGUUUAAUUUUGACUCUUUGUUACAAGUUGAAACUUUUUUUAAAAAAGAAAACAGGUGAAAAUGACAAUUUGUCUAUAGAGGAAUUUCAAAAGCUACACAAGCACUGCUGAGGUUCAUAAAUCAUGUAAUUGUUUUAAGGAAACUAAGAUGACUUCAUACGUAAGAAACUAAUACCUUGGAAGCCUUCUGUGAUAUGUUUUAAUUUGGUUUGGUUUUUAUGCAGUGUGUGACUCAUAUUUUUGUAACCUACAAACACAAUUAUUAUUUUUUUCUUUUGCCAAACUGCAUGAUUGCCUUUUCGUUUCUAACGUGAUAUAAGGAACAAAACCAGAUCAAUUUUGCAUGAAGAGAAUUUGGGAAAUCAAAGCACACUUUACUUAAUUUAAUCCGGAAGACAGGUGAGCUAAAUUUCAUCAUUUCAUGCUAAUUAGCUAAUCUCAGAUUUACAUUGUUCAACACAAUUGUACAAAUUUAAUGCAGACAUUAAGUUCCCAGCAGUUGUCAGCACAGCUAACUAUAUAGUGUAUCAUCUGCUUUUCAAUGCAAGGUUCUUAAUUAAAGUUUAUAUAGAUAGACACAUUGGCUGUUUCUUUGUAUUUCAGGCAAUAUUGAUAUUAGUAUUAUUUGAUACUGGUGAUUUUUGGAUUUUUUAGAAGUUACUUUUUAUCAUUUUCUUUCCUAAUGAGUAGACCAGGACCAUGCUCUGUCCGUUUUAUGGUUGAAAAAUAAAUUAUAAUUAAAUAAAUGUAUUAAUGGUACUCCAUAUGUAACAAUUGUCAUUUGACUUUUCCAGAGGGUUAUAUAGAUUUGUUUAUGAAAGAGAAUCGGAGGAACCUAAUCCACAGAAAGAAGUUUUGUUCUUCAGAAGUUUGUUGGGUUUUUUUGUCAUCACUGGAUCUAUGGAUUAGUUUACACCCUUUUUAUUCUAAUUAAAGGUCUAACAGAUUACGCUUAGAAAUAUCACCACUUCAAAUUUAUUGGCAUUUUUAAAAAAAUGUACAGUUAUUGAAUACUGCUCCAUCAAAGUAAAUAUCCACGUGCAAAUAUUGAAAUGUUGCAUCAUGACUUCAACAAUAUUACUGAGUGAAAAGAAAGACAAUGAUGAGAAAUCAUACAAUGAUAUGCCCAAUGACCAAAUAUAUAAAAAAAUAUUCACA